CAGUUUAAAGGUAAAAAACAAAGCACUUCGGUUUCUAUGGUAACCGGAUAAGGCCUUGGAAUGGCGUGCAAGCUAUUAGAGUGAGCGAAUGGCUCAGACCUAUAUCAGACUACAAGAACAUCAAACAGAACCGUUCACGAGACUAAGACGUGGAAAUUGCAACGGAAGCGAUCUGUCUGAUGACUGUAACCAAACCCUGUUGCGAGAACAGAUAGCCGGGAAUGUCGCGACCAAUCAUCGCCCCUUUGAAUAUUCAUGCUACAGCUCCUGAGACGUUCUCUGUUUUGCAGCAGAGGAUGCGUGUGGCUGAGGAGCAGGCAGAAUCUCUGAUCAGUGACCUAAAAGUGCUGGGUAUGAGUGGCCAAGGGUUUGAACACCUAGAACUCAAUUAUCAUGAUCCUUCUGUGGGUCUUCGCCCAAUUAGUCCUGUGAAAGCAAGGUCAGCAUUCAUAGGGGAUAAUGACACACUCUGGAAAAACUGUGAAAAUCUAGUAAAUCGUAUGUGUCGUAUGGAGAGCCUCAUUCAAACCCUGAAACUCAGUAUAUUUCGACUGCACACGGAUCAGCAGUUGAACCCAAAGAACUCUGCUGAGCUGGAGAAGCGUCUAAAUGAAGUUCAAGAAGAGCAUGCUCAAGAGUUGAAAGAGGCAAAAGUUGAAGUGAUGAGACUGCGUCAGAGGCUAAGUGAUGAAAUUGAGGAACGGGAGAGAGAAUUGGAAGCAAAAGAAAGACUAAGUGCUGCCCUGGAGAUUGUUUCAGCAACUAAGACUGAUGUGGCAAUAGCUGCUGAGGAGAUGAAAGCCACAAACCUCCGUAUGAGCCACAGGCUUUGUGAGUUACAGGAGCAGCUUACUCAGGAAGCUGGACUGCGGUCAUCUUUAGAAGAAAUGCAGCUGAUUACCUUGAAAAAGGUUGAAGAUAUGAAGAGGGUGGUUGAGGCCGAGCGGGCACAGGUUCAAGAUUUGCAGCAAGAUUGUCAGGCUAUACACAGGGAAGGGCAGGAAGUCAAAGAGCGGUUGCAAAAGGAGGAGGAAAGGAGUCAGAAGCUGGAGAAGGAGAAUAUAAUGCUUCAUACUGACUUAGAAGCCCGAAACUUGCUUAUUGCCAAGUUACAGGAUGAAACUAAGAGCAUCAAACAGACCAGCAAGACAGAACAGGCUAAUAUUGCCCAGAUAAAAGCUGACUCUGCAGCACUACGUGAGGCAGCAGAAAAAAUUCAGGCUUUAAAUCAGCAGCUAGAAGAUCAGUGCUCAGAGCUAACUGCUACCGUGCAGCAACUCACAGCAGACAAAGCACAACUGCGAACAGAACACCAACAAGAGCUGAAGGCAGAACAAGAUGCUCUGAUGCAGAAGCUGCAUGAACAAGAGCUGAUGCUAAAUACUGUCAAGUCCAGUCUGACAACAGAAAUACAGAGGUUACAGAGACAUGAGAAACAACUGGAAAAUGAACUAGAGUCACUGAGGACCGAACAAAAAGAGUGUCAUAGGAGGUUACUACAUUCAGAACAGAAAUAUUCUGUGGAGAGGGAAAUGCAGGAAUCCACAAUCUCUUGUCUGAAAAGAGAGUUAGACACAGCCCUGAGGGGAAAAACAGCUGCUCUGAAUGAGAGGGAUAAACUGCAAGAGGAGUUGGUUAAAUCAUUGAAUCAUUUUCAAGAGGAGAAGCAAAACCUUGAAGUUAAACUGACUGAGAAUAAGCUUGAGCUAGGAUCAGUUCAGAAUGCUCUACAGGCUCAAGGACAAGAAAACAUAAGGCUAAUGGAACGUAUGGCAGCACUGGAGCAGGAACAGCAUGCACACAAGCAAGUGGAAGCUUUACUGACUGACCUGACAGAGAGCAGAAAUAAGCUGGCAUAUGAGAAAGGCAAGUUACAGAGCACAGUGGAUCAGCUGCAGUCAAAGUUACAGUCUGUCUGUGAUGCUCAGUCUGAAAAUUCUCAGCUACGCAAACUCAACAAUGCCCUGGAGGCUAAAUACACCCAGGUGAACAGUGAAUUUGAUUCUUGCCGGAUUCAACUACAAAGGAUGGAGGUCAGGCUGAAGCAGGCACAGAACAUGCUGCUUCACAAGGAGGAAGACUUCACACUAGCUAUUCAGUCCCGAGAUGAGGCUUUAAGGGAGGAAAAAAGGAUCAGAGGACAGAUGGAAAUUGUAGAAGAGAGUGGGAAGCAAAAUAGAUCUGCCCUGCAGCAACAAUUAUGUGAUGUCCGGGAGGAAAAAAGUAGAUUAUCUGAAACACUGGAGAAUGUCCUCUCAUCCCAUACACAACUCCAGAAAGACCUGGAAAAAUUGCAGACCGAGUUGGGGCAAAGAGAUUGUGAUAUCACUGCACUACAAAAGGAGAGAACUCAGAGUCAGAAACAGAUACAGCAGCUGGAGGUUGAACUAUCAGAAUGUCAAGCCCGGCUACUCCAUGCUGACUCCUACCAACGUGAGCAGACUGAGCAGCUGCGCAGGACUGUAGAGAGGAGUCGAGAGGACAACAAGAAGCUUGCACAUACUCUUGAAAAGACUAUGCAGCAGUGUAGCAGGCUGCAAAGCCAUGUGGGGGAACUGGAAAAGGAUCUGCAGAGGAAAGAGGUUGAAGAGCAAAAGUUGAAAUUGUUAAGGGAGCAAGUUGAGCAAGAUGCCAAGUUACAAUGCCAGCAAUUCGAAGAGCAUCUCACAUGUCUGAAACAGCAGCACAAGGCUAAGAGUGAGGAAGCAAAGAAAGCAGCCCGUAGAGAGAUAACAGAGUUAAAAAAAGCAUUAGAAGAAGCUACUUUUAAAUCAGAAGAGUUUUCUUGCCUGAAUCAUGAGCUCAGGAGUACAGUGUCGACAUUAGAGAAAGCUGCUUUACAAUAUAAACAACAGGUCCGCAGACUGAAGACACAACUCAGACUCCACAUAGAAAAUGAGGAGACAAGCAAGCGUGCCAAGAAGGAACAAGAGACCGUGGCUGAGCUCAAACACUUGGAACAAGUAAACAAGGAAUAUAAAAAGGUCAAUAAGGAGCAGGUUCGGAAUUUAAAAGAGCUCCUGACUGAAAACAGUAACCUGCGUGUGGAAAUUGCAGCUGCAUCACAGAAUGAACAAAACAAUGUCCUGCAAAGUCAACUGGAAAAGGAAACCCAACGCAGAGAAGAGCUGGAGGAAAUGUGCAAAAAUUUAGAAAAGCAAAUGAAGGAGCUGCAGGAGCAGAAAGAGAUCACAGAGCAAAAGCUGAGAGAAGCCAGUGUGGAAUCUGAACAAAUCAGUCUCAGUCUGGAGGAAGCUCACAACUGGUUUCACUCUAGAUUCAAUGAACUCCAGUUAGAAAUCAUGAAAAAUAGACAAGGGAGCAGUACUGUCUCUCCUGACAGAAGUACAGAGGAGAUUAUACCCAGGAAACUCCCUCCACAGUCAACUGUAAACCUCUGGGAAACCAAACAGGAGUUAAAGCUGAUCUCCAGGAAUCUAUUACCAGAUGUUGAAAUUGGACCAUCUUGUGAUUGUGGGACAGACAUCGAGUCCUAGUGGUGACAGUUUGUUUCGUUGUCUACUCUAGAUACAUGUGCAAUUCAGCCAAUCGCAUUUUUCAGCCAGUGUUUUUUUGGAUUACCUACUCUGCAAGCUGUUUGCUUGCAUUUACACUAUACCUGUAAUUUACUUGUCUAGAUAUUAUUUCUACAACAUAUGGUGUGAGAAAUUAGCAAGAAUAUUUCCUGGGCAUACACAUGUAUCAACCCUUCCCUUUCGCAGGGUUAUGCACUACGGCAACAUUUACACUGGAAGAAACCAAUUUUGCAUUGUAGGGCUGCUCGACAUAUCUAUGUGAUUAGGUAAUGGAGCAAUUCCCUGCAAAGCUGUGUGAAAUAAUGAACUGAUGCGCUACAGAGUUGUAUAAAAAUAAUGAUCAGCAGAUUUCUUGGAAAUGUAUAAUGAAGUACAUUGUUUUGAUUCCUGACCAAAAGUUAUUGUGCAGAAUAGAAUAUAAUGGAACAUUACUAUACAAUAUUAUGUAAGGAAUAAUGCUGGUGAGUUUGAGGCAGGUAUAGUAUGAUGGGCAGCAUUUUAGGAGUCAAACAUAGUUCAGACUGGAGGAUUUAUGAAGGUUUUUGGAGGUGAGGUGAUAAUGAAAUUACAUUAUCCUGUUAAGAAAUGGUAAUGAGUCUUAAUACAAGUUAUGAUAAUAAAAAAGAUGAGAGAAACCCUGCACUGUGAGUAUAAUGACAUAAUAGAUCAUUGUAAAGCCUACCUGGACAUGUCUUUAGAGCAGAGGACUCUGGGUAAAAAAGAGGUAAACCAGUGCGUCAUAUGUUUUUGCUUUAAAUAUCUGUUUUAAACAUGGUUUCCCAUUAUGCCAGUGCAAUGCUGCUCUAGACAGCUUUAAAGCAUAACGGGUUGAAGAGUGUAGCGACAGACCUUCCAACUGUUCCCAAUAAUGCAGGAUUGUUAUGGGUUGGGAAGUUUCUCCACUGCAACAUCUCAGGGCAAAUGUCUAUCUUUUUUUUUUUUUCUUCCCCAGACUGCCCUGAAUCCACCCCAGCCCAUCAAUAGCAUGCAUGUGGUCCCAUCAUCAGAAAAUUAGUGGGCCACUUCCAAUAAGUCCCCUCACCAGCAAGAUAGAUAACAUAUGGGCAGCUAUUUUGGCAAUCAACCUGAGGUUUCUAUGCCUUAUACCAGCUUCACUAUGCAGCAAGCAAAAAUCUAUCAUGUUCUAAUGAGUACUAGUAAGGCAGAAACAGCUGUCCACAUGCGAUUGCUCUUGCUGUAAUUAUAGACCACAUAAAUAUGACACUAGAUUUAUAAGAGAUCAGUCUAUUUAGUCAUUUUGUAAAGUGAGCCUUGAUCUGUUUUUUAUAUUCUUGUAAAAAAAUAAAAUAAUCUUUAAAAUUAAUUUAAUCAAUUUUAUCACAUCAAAGGCCUUGUUAUCUAUAUAUAUGUUAGAUACAAAAAUGUUGAUUAUUCUUUGCAUCCUGAUUCUUAUUUGUAGUUUUACUGUAUGAAGCUUUCUUUAUAUUUAUUUAUUUAUAUAACAUUUGGAAGACUUGGUUUUGUAUUAAAACACAAAUUGAAAUAUU